AUGGAUGCCUGUGGCUCCAUUGAGUUAUUGCCACCAGCCGCCAACAAUUGUUAUGUUCUGAAAUUUGGCGGUAAGAAAAUGAUUCCUGUCAUGGAGCAUGAUUUGGCUGGACUCUCUAUGAGCCCGGAUAUUAAGUUUACGGUGUCUCAGAUUAAAUGCUACAUGCAUCAGCUAUUGUCUAGACUGGAACACUGUCACAACCGUAAUGUGCUGCAUCGUGAUAUAAAGGGAUCGAACCUUCUUGUUGAUAAUGAAAGAGUUCUUAGGAUUGCUGAUUUUGGAUUGGCUUCCUUCUUUGAUCUUAAACACAAGCAACCUAUGACUAGUAGGGUGGUUACUUUAUGGUAUCGAUCUUCUGAACUUCUUCUAGGAGCCACCGAUUAUGAUGUAGGCGUGGACCUGUGGAGUGCUGGUUGUAUCCUUGCUGAAUUGUUGGCUGGAAGGCCUAUUAUGCCUAGUCGAACCGAGGUGGAACAGCUGCAUAAGAUAUUUUAG